UAUAAAAGCGCUGUUAUGAGGACCAGGGUUUAAAGUUAGGGUUUUCCUGUUCCGCCAUAGCCACUAGGAGAGAAGAUCAAUCAGUAGUAAUGGCAGAAGACGCAGCAGCCCCCGAGACCACACUUGUAGACGCAAUAAAAGAUGGUUCAUCAGCAGCCCCACAAGAGAUGGACAUGGAAACCAUCGAUUCCGAUGCUGCUGCUGCGGUUAACGGCGGUAAACGAGAGAGGGAGGAAGGAGUGACGGCCGAAUCUUCGGAGGACGGAAACGAAUCGAAAAAGGCUAAGGUGGACCAGGAAGAGAAGUCCGUGGAAGAACAGAGACUGGAGAAAGAUGCAGCAAAGAGUGGUCCGGUGGCACUUGGGUAUAAGAACUUUGAGACCUCUGUGCAGAUGUUUGAUUACUUCUUCAAGUUCCUCCAUUUUUGGCCACCAAAUCUGAACGUCAAUAAGUAUGAGCAUGCAAUGUUACUCGAUUUGCUAAAAAAGGGUCACCUAGAAGCAGAUAAAAAGAUUGGUGGAGGAGUGAAUGCGUUCCAGGUGAGGUACCACCCACAUUGGAAAAGCCGAUGCUUUUUCUUGAUCAGAGAGGAUGAGUCUGCUGAUGAUUUCAGUUUCCGUAAGUGUGUGGAUCAGAUCCUACCUUUGCCGGAAAACAUGGCAGUAAAACCUGAUGUCAACAAGGCAUUGGGCAGUGGUGGUCAUGGUGGUAGAGGUGGAGGACGUGGUGGUGGUCGUGGAAAUUGGCGUGGCCGUGGUGGUGGUGGCAGGGGUAAACGGAAUUAAUGAAGUCCCUUCACAUGUUGGUUAAUUGUGGUAAAAGAAGAGACAUAGUUUAUAGAAGAAAGUGCAGUAAUUUGUAUUGUUCUUCUUUCUUGCAUGUCUGCCUGGAUUUUGAUUUUUAGUUAUGAUUAAGUUUUACAAUUUUGGCUUUC